AUGUCUUCCCUCGUUAAACGACUCCAGAGCCUAUCCCCAUGCCUGCAGUCCACCGCCCACCAGCUCCGCUACGUGAGAACCCAGGCCGGUCACAGGCGGCGAUCUAAGUCCUCUGCCUUUGGAGCGAAGAAGAUUGAUGAGAAAUCGGAUUGGUGGAUUGUCGAUGGCGAGAUGCACGAGAUAGGAGAUCACGUGCCUCCACGUGAGCGAUUCGCUAUCCCUAGAGACAACGUCCCUAACAAGCGCCGAAAGCAACUUCGCGAGCAGUUCAUGCGCCGCACUCGUCUUGUUAUCAAGGAAGCGGAGAUGAGAGAGAAUUGGGAACGGCUAUACUGGGACGAGGGCUAUUCGAAGAAAAUUGCCCGAGAUCAUGCAAACUAUGAGUCUGCUGAGGAUGAUGAUCAAGAUUUUAACCCAUACAGGAGCAAGGUACCUGAACAGAUGAAGGACCAGGGUUUUGGGAGAAAUAGGCAAGGUGAUGCAUGGGAAAAGGUUAGCCAAAUUCGAGAUGUAUUUGAGUAUGACAGAGAGAAGAGGAUGAGGGAGAAAGGUAUGUUAAACACAUACAAUUUACUCAAUGAACGUCUUUUGACUUGCCUCAUUCAAACUCUCGGAAUCAGCCAUUUGACACUCGAAGAUACUUCCCAGAUGAAAGCAGAGAGGGACUUCAAAAAUGAUAGUGAAUGA